AUGGCUGUCGUGGCACCACUCGUCGCGGGCAAAAGCAAACUCGGUCAUUUCUUCACGUGCGACCAAGGUGUCGAGAUGCAACCGUGCUCCGUGGUCGGCUGCGACUGCCCCGCGCUCGACGACGCCUCCGGAUGCUGCGCAUCCCAUCUUCCCAGCGACCAGUUCUUUGAACUUGGCGACAUUGCCUUCGUCGCAGACACGGACGACGCGACGCUCGUGGCGCUCGAUGGCGUGCUACAGGUGCCCGGCACCAUCGUCUUUGUCGCGCCGACGCACUUCUAA